AUGUCCGAUAUUGAAUGUGUUUUGUCAUGCGACCCGGCUGACGCCCGGCGCUCGCAGGUAUCCGGGCCUGCGAGUGUUAAAUUGGUUACCGAUGGACGAGCAGGGGUAGGCGACCAGGCCCCUGUUGCCGAUAAUGUUACUGGCAGCGGUAAAAAGAAAAGUGGAGGCGGGAGGACGCGUGAGAAACGCCCACGCGACCCUGCUCUGGAGGCUGGGUCAGCAGGCUUGUCCUCCGAUGAGGAAGGCCUGCCAGCCCCCAAGAGGACGUCGGCAACGGCGGCCUCGAGAAAGGCAACUGGUUCGCAGCCGCAGAGGGAUGCGCAUGGAAGGUUCCUGCGCUCCAAGAACUCAGUGGCCAGCGGGACAGACUACGAAAUGGGGGUCUCUAGUGAGGACCCCGGGGUCGAGAGUUGCACCUCACUAGGGAGCACCAAAGCGGAACUUAACGCCGCCAAAAGGGAGCAGCGGAAGGUCGUCGCAGCCGACGAAGUGUCGCUCAUGUCUAGUCGCGCACGUGAGCGACGUGCUGCUCUGGCAGCAGAAGGGGGUGAGCCAUCGGCGUUAGUUCUGAGCCAACUGGCCUUGGACGGGGUGGACUUAGUACUGAAGGUUGCUACCAAAUCUGGCAGCCUGAAAGGUACUUUCACCCGUGGCUUGAAAGAGGCCGCAGGUGACAUCAAGGAGGCUAUUGGCCUCCUUCUCAAUAGGACGGCCUCUGACGAAGUCACGAAAUUGCAGGAGGAGAACGGCCGUCUCCGAAGAGACCUGGAAGACCUGCGGCAGCAAGUCGCCUUGCUGAGCGAGCAGCACCAGCGACACAAGUCCGUCGAAAGCACAGACGCAGUAGCACCGUCUCCCCCAGCGCAACCGGCAAACCCUCAAAGGGUUGAGGAAGUCGAACGUAUUGUCCGACUCUGCAUGCUCCAGUGCGGGAGCAUGGUCAAUGCUCGACUGGAGGCAAUUUCCCAGCGUCUUCCUGCGGAAAUCCUCCGUCCACCCCUAGCAGCCGACUCUCGAAGGGCUGAAGGGCCGCCGAGACCUGUGGGUAAGCCCGUGGAGGACACUGGAAAGCCCGCGGAGGGAGCCCCCCCGAAUGACGAGUCAGGAACCUCUGGGUCUAAGGGUGAGACUUGGGCGAAGGUGGUUGGCCGUAAAAAGGCUCGCAAAGCCGCUAAGAAGGCGUCAGCAGUAGCGCGCGCCACCAGCGUAACUGCAAAGGGGGCCCAAUCUGCACGACGGUCUACCAAAGAUGGUCGCAAAGUGCCGGCUGUACGUGCUCCGCGAUCCGAAGCUGUGUCGCUCACGUUACAGCCCGGAGCUGUGGAACGGGGCGUGACGUACCAGUCGGUUAUUGCCGAGGCCAAGGCCAAGAUCAAAUUAUCAGAUCUUGGCCUGCAGUCCGUUACCCUCAGGCAAGCUGCCACGGGUGCACGGCUAUUUGAGGUGGCUGGUGCUGGAAGCGACAGUGCCGAAAAGGCGGACGCUCUUGCCGCCAAGAUGAGGGAGGUCCUCAACCCUGAGGACGUUCGGGUCUCCAGGCCAGUCAAAACCGCAGAGGUGCGAAUUGCUGGUCUGGACGACUCCGUGACCUCUGAAGAGGUGGUGGCGGCCGUUGCCCGAAGCGGUGAGUGUCUGCCAGAAAAGGUACGUGCCGGCGAUAUACGCGCCGACGCCACCGGACUCGGCGUAGUAUGGGUUCGGUGUCCUGUUGCGUCGGCAAAGAAGAUAGCCGAUAACGGCAGAUUGCUGGUGGGCUGGGUAUCAGCGAGAGUUAAGCUCCUGCAGCCCCGGGCUUUGCGGUGCUUCCGGUGCCUGGAGAAGGGGCACGUCCGAGCAAAGUGCACUGCUGAAGUUGACCGUAGUGACCUUUGCUAUCGCUGCGGUCAGCCCGCCCACAAGGCGGCCCAGUGUUCCGCGCCGCUCAACUGCAGCGUGUGUUCGGCUGCAGGGAAGCCAGCGGGACACAAAUUGGGCGGAGGAGCCUGCGGCGCACCUGCCAGCAAGGCCAAGAAGAAAAAGAAGAGCUCUAAACCUGCCGGGGAAACCUCGCCGCCCCCGCAGGCUAGUUGCUCCGCGGCCGACUCCCGGCCCAGGACCGUUGCCGAGGGAAUGGAAAGUCAAUAA